AAUAAGAUGAAAUUUAAUUUUCACACUAUUUGCAUGCUUUCUUUUUAUGUUUAUCAGAUUUGGAAGAAAGAAAUCACAUGAAGAAAUCUUGCGAUGAACAGAGAAGGGUGAAGAAAAGAGAGAGAAAGGAGCACAGAUUAGCCACGCCAAAACUAAAAUUGCAGAGGAGAUUAAAUUAACACAGAUUUAUAAUGGAAGUGAAUUUAAACAUAAGUAUCGGACCGCGGACAGGAAGAGUGUAUGUUCGAGAUCCAAGUAUGUGCUCAAAAAUUAGUGGGGUAAAAUAUCAAUGUCAACAAAUGCCAGCCCCUAGAUCUAAAUUUUGCCAUCAUCACCUUGAAAUGAACAAAAGAGUCAGAAAUAAAACUACAAAAUCUCAAAUUAAUAGGAAAAAUUGUGAUAAAUACAAAGGUAAAGGGAAGGGCAAAUUCAAAAGAAGACAGUCUUCUAAGCAAUUAAGGUAUGAAAACAUCCAAAGUGAUGAGGAUGAAGAUAAUGAGGAUGAGCAUGAAGACAUUGAAAAGGAUGAAAAAGCAAAUAGCUAUGAAAAAAUGGAUGGGGCUGGAAACACAGAUGCAGAGAAGAAAUCACAUUCAUACUCGAGUGAUAACCAUCUAUUGAAGAAUAUUUCUCAAAGAGGAAGGAACAACAAACAUAUAGAAAAAAAACUCUAUAGAAAAAAAAUGUUGAAUGACUAUAUCCAUCAAUUAAAAUUAGUUCAGGAAUGUAUCCACGAUCUUGAAAGAAAGAUUGAUGAAUGUAGAGAAAAAAAUGUUGAGUAAUU